AUGGCACCCUCCAGGGCGCCCAGUGCCCUGCUUCUGCAUUCACUGAGAUCGUUAGCGAUUGAGAUGCCAUCGUCUAGAGCUGCCCUCCGAAGCUUCGCAACCACAAGCUCGACUUGUCAAGAAGUCGAAGUUCAAAAGCCAUCCUAUUAUCACAACCCUGACCCAGCCACUGUCCAUGUUCCGCGACUCGAGCGCAAGCUCUUGAGGGCUGGUCAGUUUCCCGUGGGAUCUCGAAGACGACGGGCCGCCCUCGCGCAGUCUCCUGGCAUUCCCUUCGAUGAACUGCCCUACCAAUGCUUUCAAGAAGCCCGCAAAAUCCUCAUCGCCGACCGAGCAGAGAAGCUCAAAAAGAUAGAAACCGAGCGAGCCCGCAUUGCUCGUCUUCGUGAUGUCGACCCGAACACGUUCCCUGGAGGAGAACUGUACAAACAACGAAGAUUGAACAGCAUGCUCGCAGAGCUGGAGAAUCUCAAGAUUUUGGCCGACAUUAACGAUCCCAAUGUCAAGAGGAGGUUUGAGGAUGGCAAUGGCGACCUGAGCAAACCCAUCUACAGGCACCUGGCCGAGCGCAAAUGGCGAGAAUAUCCGCGAAAAGUCCUCGUCCAACGAAUAACACAGAUGAAGGUGGUUCCAGACAUCAUUCCAAACGUGGAUCCCGUACUGGACGUCAAGAUUGUGUUUGGAACCCGUGUUGUACAACCGGGCGAAUUCGUGGAGUCGCACAUCAGCGAAAACCCGUGCCGUCUAACUCUACAAUCCUAUGAGCGAGGGGAGAAGAUGGUUACCGUUGCCAUUGUCGAUCCAGACGUUCCGAACAUCGAGACCGACUCCUUUGACUCUCGCUGCCAUUACCUUGCCUGCAACAUUACCAUCUCACCGACACAACCAACGGUAGAUCUCGCGACUCUAUCCCCGGCUUCACAGGUCCUUCUACCGUGGUUGCCGCCCUAUGCACAGAAAGGAAGCCCAUAUCAUCGAUUGUCCAUUGUCAUACUACAACAAAAAGACAACAUCCCCAUUGAUCUUGAGGUUGCCAAGAAAAAGAUACAGCGGGACGGGUUCACUGUCCGCAGCAUGAUGAGUCGUCACAUCCUCAGUCCUAUUAGUGCUUCGUUGUUCCGGACACAAUGGGAUGAUAGUACAUCUGCCGUUAUGCAGAGAGCAGGCAUCCAAGGUGCGGAUGUCGAGUUCAAGAGGAGGAAGGUGGAUCCUCUGCCGUAUCAAAGGCGCGACACGUCUAGGAUGAGGGGGUGA